AUGUGGUCCGGAGAGAACCAAGGCUCGGAGUUUUCCGUUUCGUCCUUCGGCAUAUCGGUGCCGCAGCUGGUCCAGGGUUCGCCUCAGCUGCUGCCGCGCGAUGCGCCCGGCUCGCGCAGCGACCACGACGCGCACUGCGGCAUGCUCGGCUUCUACCCGGCCUUCCUGCAGAGCUACCGCACGCCCCGGUGCUACCUCAUUUUCCUCUGCAUGCUCGGCAUGACGCAGGGCUUCGUCGUCAACGGCCUCGUCUCCGUGGUGACGCCCACCAUCGAGAAGCGCUUCCAGCUGCUCGGAAUCGAAGCCGGGAUGAUCCAGAGCAUGUUCAACCUGGCGUCGUGCAUCAUGAUAACGCCAGUGAGCUACCACGGGGGCGUCGGCCACAAGCCGGUCAUAAUGGGCAUCGGCGCACUCGUCGUGUCCGCCGGCUCGAUGGUGUUCGCCUCCCCGCACUUCCUGGCGCCGCAGUACAUGGUGCUGGACAGCGGCGCCGCCGACGUGUGCCCACAGCGAGGUCCGGGACAGUGCGAAUCCUCGGCAUCGUACGGCGCCGCCAAUGCCAACGUCUUCAAGUACUUCUUCAUGGUAGGGCAUGCGCUGCAUGGCGUCGGCUCGUCGCCAUUCUUCACCCUUGGCGUGGCUUACUUGGACCAAAACACACCAUCAGCCAGCGCAUCUAUCUACAUGGGUAUUUUUUAUGCCACAUCCGUCCUGGGUCCCGCCAUGGGCUUCCUCCUAGGCGGGUACUUCCUUUCAAUGUACACGGACAUAACCGCCGAUUCCUCAAAGCUAGGCAUGGACUCUUCAAGUAACAACUGGGUGGGCGCUUGGUGGCUUGGCUUCUUCGGUGCCUCCAUUGUCGCUUUCUUCACUGCCUUUCCCAUCGCCAGCUUUCCAAGGGCGCUACCGACUGCCAUAGAGCGGGCGAAAGAUCUGUCGAGGCUGCAAAAGGAGAAGCGGAUGCAAUCCCUGAAGCAAGCGCCGAGCGUAGCCAAUGUGCAAGCUGCGACGGACGCCCAGGCUACACCGAGUUCGCAGGCUGCGCCAGAUGCCCAGGCUACUCCGGGAACCCAGGCUACUCCGGGCACCCAGGCUACUCCGGGCACCCAGGCUACUCCGGGCUACUCCCGGCACCCAGGCUACGCCUGUUUCUAA